UCUGCAUGGAGAGAGCUAGCCGAGUGGUUGUGUGGUUGCGUCUCAGAGACCAGUAGCGCUAGCUGCAUGGCUGACCAACUGACCGAAGAACAUAUUGCAGAAUUCAAAGAAGCUUUUUCACUAUUUGACAAGGAUGGGGAUGGAACUAUAACAACAAAAGAAUUGGGAACUGUAAUGAGGUCUCUUGGGCAGAAUCCUACAGAAGCAGAACUGCAGGACAUGAUUAAUGAAGUAGAUGCUGAUGGUAAUGGCACAAUCGACUUCCCAGAAUUUCUGACCAUGAUGGCAAGAAAAAUGAAAGAUACAGGCAGUGAAGAAGAAAUUAGAGAAGCAUUCCAUGUGUUUGAUAAGGAUGCUAAUGGUUAUAUUAGUGCAGCUGAGCUUCGCCACGUGAUGACAAACCUGGGAGAGAAGUUAACAGAUGAAGAGGUUGAUAUAGAUGAUCAGGGAAGCAGAUACUGAUGGUGAUGGUUAAAU